ACAAACUAAAAUUGAUCGCAAACUUUCGUUGAAAUGGAUGGAAUGGAAAACUUCAAUAAGAUUGAAAAGAUUGGAGAAGGCACCUAUGGUGUUGUUUACAAAGCUAGAGAUAAAAAAACUGGAGAUUUAGUUGCUCUAAAGAAGAUCAGACUUGAUACGGAAUCUGAAGGUGUUCCAAGCACAGCAAUCCGGGAAAUAUCCUUGCUGAAGGAAUUGGACCACAUCAAUAUUGUCAGAUUACUGGAUGUGGUGCACAGUGAAAAGAAGUUGUAUUUAGUGUUUGAAUACCUGGACCAAGAUCUGAAGAAAUAUCUUGAUAAAUCUCCUGGUGGUCUGUCACCAUCUCUCAUCAAAAGUUACCUGUACCAGUUAUUACAAGGCAUUGCAUAUUGCCACACCCACAGAGUCCUCCAUCGGGAUCUGAAACCCCAGAAUCUUCUCAUCGACAAGGAGGGCAAUAUCAAGCUGGCAGAUUUUGGUUUGGCACGAGCGUUUGGUGUCCCAGUUAGGUCCUACACACACGAGGUGAUAACCCUUUGGUACCGAGCGCCUGAGAUCCUGUUGGGUUGCAAGUAUUACUCUGUCGCUAUUGAUAUCUGGGGUAUUGGAGCCAUUUUUGCGGAAAUGGUCACUCGGCGAGCCCUGUUCCCUGGAGAUUCAGAGAUUGACCAGUUGUAUCGGAUAUUUAGGACCCUAGGUACCCCAGAUGAGGGUGUCUGGCCCGGUGUCUCUCAGCUGCCCGACUUCAAGUCCACAUUCCCACAGUGGCAAGCACAGGAUAUAACAGCUGUUGUGCCGUCAUUGAGUCCGGAUGGUCGAGACAUAUUAAUGCGCAUGCUUGUUUAUGAGCCAAGUAGUCGCAUUUCUGCCAAGGCUGCUCUGGCACAUCGUUACUUCAGAGAUGUGAUGUUACAACGACCAUCAAUUGCAUGAGGACUAUCACAGCUUGGCUUCCAUCUUUGCUACAUCUACAUAUGUGACUCGCUCUACCAAAACUAGGCGCUUGUCGCAUCUGAACUCGACAGGUUGAUACGGACUUGUUG